AUGAAGGUGGAGCUCCCUGACAACAGUGCAUGCAUUUUAUGCACCCAGCCUGGCAAGCAGGACGCUUGCAAAGCAUCCGACAUCCCAGCUUGCAAGGAUGUCUUUAAUCCAGAUGAGCUGCAAAAGACCGGCUCUGGCUGGUUUGGCUGGGACUCCCUGAAAUGCACCAGCUGCAAAGCGUCAUUGCUGACCGUGGCUGGGGGUGCGCAGGUGCUUCUAGAUGCUUCGGGUGAGGGCGAAGCCGAAGGUGCAGUGCUGCUCGGUUCCGCGGCAGCCCUCAAAGGAGCUGCGAAGGCAUCUGGCAAAUCGCUCGGGCAAGUGGUGCUUGACAACCCAGUCGCCAUGGGUGCCUUGCGUUCGCUUGCCAUCGUCAUGGCCACUUCCCUGCAUACGGUCCACGUUCUUCCGAUGUCCACCCAGGAGGCACAGGAGUGUUUUUUGGAUUGGGAGCUGGACAACAUGGACAUGAUCCUGUUGAGCGGAGGUCAAGGAAUACUUCCAGGUCUCAGCUCCCUGGUGGCUGAGUGGGAAUGUUGCUCAUCCGACCGCUAUCGGAAGGACUGUGGACGGAAUCGCCGACAACAUUCUACUCCACGUCCAAGCACCACAACAGCUGCUCCACGUCCAAUCACCACAACAGCUGUGCCGCAGACCGUCAUGCAUGUAAGUGAGGCAGUUGAAGCAGGGAAGGCCAUGGCAAAAAACACCUUGAGGGAAUUGGCCAGUUUCAGGAGUGCCAGAACGGAUGAUUGGGAGGCGAUGGACCAUGUUCACUGGGGAGAAAUCCAGAGCAGAAGAUUUGGGGCUUUUUGUGCCAGGGAUGAAUCCCCGAAAGUUGCAACGACCGAUGCGCAGAGGCGAACCCAGCAGGAAAACCGACUGGAGUGGCAGGUUUGCUGGUGCUCGGCAUAUUGCCAGACGUGGUUGGUCUCUAGCAAACCUGACGGCUCCCUUGUGGCCUGCCAUCAAACGCUGAGACAGUACACAUUCUAUGAAACAAUGCGCUGUUCGGGUGCAUGGUGGCAGGAGCUGCGCAAGCAGCAGGGGCAACCAUACACCAGGGAUUACGAGCCACCCAUGUACAAAGCCUUUCCUUAUGGUGGUUUCCAGAUCCAAGCGCCUCCUGGGGUCAAGGUGCUUUUGAGCUUUGGAGGUCGGACGCAGAACUUCUACGACACACCUGGAGCGCAGAACGUUGGAUUGGCCCGCGCCAGGCGCCUGAAGACUCUGCUCCAGCAGAAGUACGAGCCAGAAAACCCAAACUUCGUGUACAUUGAUGCGGAUGCACUUGCCGAGAUGCCUGGCAGGUAUGUCAUGAAUGAAAGGACCCUCAAUGUGUACUGGGAGCAGUACUACAAAGAUGCCAUGCGCAAGGCUCAACUGAUCAUCUUCCUUGUCGACAAGGCCUGGCUCUUGAGUCGCAAUUGCUUUGAAGAGCUUGCCUGGGCUCAAGGGAAGCAGUUGUGCACCAAGCAUAACGAGUAUCCGAUCAGUUUGAACAUGUGCCCCUAUAAAGGGAAGGAGUUUGAGAGCGCGCCAUUUUCUCUCGCAUUGGCGAAGCCUCGCAUCAUCGCCUAUCUAGGGCAGGAGGCUUUAAACCGCAAGGGCCCUACGACCAGUUGCCCUGAGCAGCAUUUGUUGGAAGGAUUUGGUGAUACAAAAGGCCAGUGCAUGUCCACACUCGGUUUCGACUGGGUGAUAUGCGGCGAGUUGACCCAAAGCUUUGAUCUCCAACUCCAAAGGCUCAUGGACCGAAUCGACGAGAGGAAAGAUGAGUGGCUGUAUUCAAGAAGACUGACUACGAUCAUUUAG